UGCAUGUGUGUGCGUGUGUGCGUGUGUGUAAGAGUAAGUGAGAGAGUGAUGGAGUGAGACAACCUCUCCUGCCUUCCAACUGGCAAUGGGGCCUACUGGCACUUACCCUUACUGCUGUGCUGGGGUGGAAUUCCUUUUAAAAAAAAAAAAAAAAAACAGGCUAUCCAAUUAAUAUGCUAAUGAGAUGAUAAAUAUUUAUGGGAGAUUUAAAUUAUGCAGAAAGCUUUCAGUGCUUGGCGCGUAAUGAAUUGCACACAGGACUUCAAAGCACGCUCUGCGGCACUAACGAGGAGGGAGGAUUUGCAUACGACUUUAAUCAGCUGCAUACUGAUUAAGCCUCAUUAUGGGAGCUGCCAGCUGCAAUCUUUGUUUCUAUUUUAUUCCAGAAAAAGGGGGGGACUUUGUCACGCUGGGCUGGUCUUGACGAUCGCGCCGUGCUGUGCGGGGUAGCGCUCUAAGACGAGCGAACGGACCGGAGCGGCUAGGAUCUGCUCGCGAAGAAUAUUCCACUCGAGGCUUUCCCCUUCCGCGCCCCGCUUUUUUCCGGCAGCGGCCGCUCUGUCGUGGGCCCCUCUCCGAGCGGGACCGCUCGUUCUGCCCUGCUCAGAAGAUCCGGGGGUGCGGGUGCGGGUGCGGCGCGCCGUCCCGGCCCGGCGGGACCCGAUCGCGGAGCGGGGGUUCGUGCCGGUGGCUCCGAGGCCAUGCUGGAGAACGUUGGCUCGUUCGCGUCUGAGUCAAAAAUGAGUAAUCCGUCGGACACGAGUAAAGGCGCAAUGGAGCCCGGGAAUGGGAACACAGGUGCCCAAACAAAUGGACUGGACUUUCAGAGACAGGCCGUGCAGACGACGAGCGCGAUCACCAACGCGCACACACAAGCCCUGCUGCAGCAGCUGACCCUGACUCCUGCUCAGCAGCAGCUGUUGAUUCAGCAGGCUCAGGCCCAGCUCCUCGCUGCAGCCGUGCAGCACUCUGCCAGCCAGCAGAACAACACCACGGGAGCCACCAUCUCUGCCUCAGCAGCCACGCCCAUCACCCAGAUCCCCCUCUCUCAGCCCAUCCAGAUCACGCCUGACCUACAACAGCUGCAGCAGCAGAACUUGAACCUGCAGCAGUUUGUGCUGGUGCAGCCGGGCCACCCCAUCGCAACCCAGCUGCAGCCGGCGCAUUUCAUCAUCUCGCAGACUCCGCAGGGGCAGCAGAGUCUUCUGCAGGCCCAGAACCUGCUAACCCAACUACCUCAAAGCCAAGCCAACCUCCUGCAGACUCAGCCAAGCAUCACCCUCACCACACAGCCAGCGACACCCACGCGCACGAUAGCGGCCACGCCCAUCCAGACACUUCCGCACAGCCAGACGACACCAAAGCGCAUCGACACACCCAGCCUGGAGGAGCCCAGUGACCUGGAGGAGCUGGAGCAGUUUGCCAAGACCUUCAAACAGCGGCGGAUCAAGCUGGGCUUCACUCAGGGGGACGUCGGCCUCGCCAUGGGCAAACUGUACGGCAACGACUUCAGCCAGACCACCAUCUCCCGCUUCGAGGCCCUCAACCUGAGCUUUAAGAACAUGUGCAAGCUCAAACCGCUGCUGGAGAAGUGGCUCAAUGAUGCAGUGCACGCAGAGAAUCUGACGUCUGACCAGGCGAUGACCAGCCCGUCGUCCCUGGGCUCCUCCCCCCUGGGCUUGGAAGGGCUGAAUCGCCGCCGCAAGAAGAGAACCAGCAUCGAGACCAACAUCAGAGUGGCCUUAGAGAAGAGCUUUCUGGAGGUGAGCCAUACUUCCCAUGCCUUAGAGAAGAGCUUUCUGGAGGUGAGCCAUACUUCCCAUGCCUUAGAGAAGAGCUUUCUGGAGGUGAGCCAUACUUCCCAUGCCUUAGAGAAGAGCUUUCUGGAGGUGAGCCAUACUUCCCAUGCCUUAGAGAAGAGCUUUCUGGAGCAGAACCAAAAACCUACCUCUGAGGAGAUCACCAUGAUCGCGGACCAGCUGAACAUGGAGAAGGAGGUGAUCCGCGUGUGGUUCUGCAACCGCCGGCAGAAGGAGAAGCGGAUCAACCCCCCCAGCAGCAGUGCCAACAGCACCCCCAUCAAAGCAAUCUUCUCCCCCACCGCCCCCAUGGUCCCCAGCACGGCGAGCCUUGUGACCAGUAACACACCGACCACGUUGACUGUAAACCCCAUCCUGCCUCUCACCAGCACGGCCGUCACCAGCCUCGGCUUCACAGGCACGACCAUCGGGCCGAUGACCACCAACACGGCGUCCGUCAUCUCCACCGCGCCCCUGGCGACCUCGGUGGUGACCACGCCCUCGCUCAGCCCGUCGUCCACGGCGCUCCAGACCACGGGGGCGGAGUCGGGCGGGGGGGCGGAGCACGCCGUGGUGACGCAGGCGCCGUCCUCGCUGGCCUCCGCGCUGGGGGCGGGACAGGUGAUGGUGACCGCCCCCGGCCUGUCGGCCGCGCUCCAGGGCGCCCAGCUGCCCACCAGCGCCAGCCUGGCGGCCAUGGCGGCGGCGGCCGGACUCAGCCCGGGCCUCAUGGCGUCCUCGCAGUUCGCCCCUGGCGGGGCCCUGCUGAGCCUGGCCCCUGGGGCCUUGGGCAGCGCCCUGAGUCCCGCUCUGAUGAGUAACAGCACCCUGGCCACCAUUCAAGGUGUGUGGAGCGCGCUGGCCUCGGGCGGCACCCUUCCCAUCACCUCCCUGGACGGCAGCGGGAACCUCCUGUUCGCCAGCACCAGCGCGGGGAGCACCCCGAACCUGGUGACCGCGCCCCUGUUCCUCAACCCCCAGAACCUGUCCCUGCUGACCAGCAACCCGGUCAGCCUGGUGUCGGCGGGCGGGGCCGGAGGGGCGGGCGGGGCCCUCAACCUGGUGACCACCACCGCCGCCCACGGCGAGGCGCACCACAGCGUGGUAACCACGGCGAACGUGCCCGCCACAACCAUCACCACAGCCUCCAAGGCCCAGUGAACUCAAGGCCACGCCCACUCAUAUCCUUAACCCCUCCCCUCCAUUAUCAUUUAUUUAAUCAUUUUGCUGCCACCAAAAAGAGGAAAAAAAAAACACUGAUAAAGAGGAUUUUUGUUCCUUUCUUUUUUCUUUUUUUGCGCCCCUGUCAAUGCCCUUUACUUCAGACAGGGUUGUGAUUGGAGGGGGCCGCGUGGUUCCUUUUGGUUUUUCCCUCCCCCUGGUGUGACCUUUGGUGUGGCAGUGCUCACCAGUCGCUGUCAUUAUCGUGAGGGGACCAGGAGGUCUUUCUGCAGAGGGCAGUUACCGUGGUCCCCUGAGCCCGGGUCGGGUUGGACCGGACAGUGCAGCUCUGGGUGCAGUCCUGCCACCUUCUGAAGAUCACAGAAAACCUUAUUUUGACUAUUUUUUAAAAAUAUAUUUCUUCUUUUUUUUCCCCCCGUUUCCUUUUUCCUCUCCAGGACUGCCUCUUGAAACUAACUUAAAUUAUUCUAACCAAAAAAGUGCGAUAAGACUUUUUAUCAACUGAGUUCUCUUACUAAUGACGUUAAGAUUCACUAUCACAUGAUUGUUUCUUUUUAUUUUUUUUUUAUUUUAAUGGCUGUUCUGUAGUUUUAGUGUCUGUGAUUUUUACUUUACUGACGGGUCUGGUGUUGAGGCCAUCACACUGUUUAUAUCAGAUUUCUGACUGAAACGGCACAGAGGCUUUCUGCGUGUGUGGUCUGUUCUGUUUUUGUCUUAAUUGCUGUAUUUUACAGACACGCACGCGCGUUUUGUUUUGUCUCUUCUUUUUUUAAGCAGGUGAGCAUUUGUGAACCUUCUCGGAGCGGUAUUUAGCUUUACGUUGGUAUAGCCCUGAUAACAAUUACAAUGACGGUUAGAAGGCUUUAAUAUUUGUGGUAACUGACUGAACCUGCGUUGCUGUAAGCGAAUCAUGCAACUGGGCUGGCUUUCUAAUAAUAUUUGUCUGUCUCGGUUUGAAACACUGAUUUUUGCAGCCAUUUGUAUAGUUUAAUGUCUAGAUAUGAACUACAGACUACACUGAUCGAAAUACUUUAGUAAUAUUAAGAGCUUUAAAGGGGGGCAAAAUGAGACUGGGGGGGGCAGGAGGUUGGGGGGUGUUUAUAGCUUUAGCGAAUGUGAAGACCUGGAAUUUCAGGCUGGGAAUUCUCUGCACAUUCUGCGAGUUGGUAUUGUUUCUGAGGGGCCUGCCUCGGUGCUGUGUGUCACACGGCCUGGGGCCCUGGUCUCAUUGGUUGAGGGGGUGGGGGGUGGGCGGGGCCUGCAGUGACAGAACAUGUCAUGGCAAUCAGAAUAGUCGUGGUGAUGUUUCAGGAGCUCUCUUUGAAUUAUGUAGUGGUUGAUGUUGGGGCUGUUUUAUACACUUUCUGUUAUUGUGAAACUUCUCCUACAUGUGCACAGUGUCUGUACCAAAAACUGGAUUAGAAAACUGCGGUCUGCUUGCUUUGGGAAAGUAAUAUUAGGAAACGUUUGACUCUAUUUUUUUUUUUUUUUUUUUUGAGAGUUCUUUUAAUGAUAGUGUCUUUUUUAUUUUCUUUUAUGUUUGACAGGCCUAUAAUCAGAUAUACCAAAAAUCUUUAAAACUAUUGCUGUAUAUUAUUACUGUAGCAUAGCAUAAAUAAUUUUUCAGUUAUUAAUAGGGGCUUUCUUUAGAACAGAAGAUGAUGAUAAUGCAAUAUUUUGAUGAUCCUUUCCAAAGACUGACUACAUUUGAUUUCCCUUGAGGUGCGGAAAUAACGACCCUCCUUGUUCUGCUCAUCGAUGCCUGUAUAUGUGGGGGUGGGGGGGGGGGAAACCGAAUUAACCAAAUAGAUACGGAGGAGAAAUGGGUGUAUGUGGGGUGUAGGAGUCACCCCGUAUGAACACACCUUAGGAGGAUUUCUGAAAAGCUUUAGUCUUUAUCAUUUGGGUUUUAGUUGGGGAAAAAAAGAGCAGAUUAAUUGCAACCCUUCUGUGAUCAUGAAAUUAAUAUAUUUGUGUUUUAUUUUGAAAGUUGUUUGGGUUAGGGGUGUGGCUGGGUGUUGUCUUUGUGUGCCUGAAUUAUUAUUAUUUUUCUAAAAAACAAUUUUUGCAUGCCUUUCCCCCCCCUCUUGCUUGUUUCAAAUGCCAGAUUUUGUUAUUUUAUUUUAUUUUUUCCUAACACGUCCGUGUUUAUGGCAGUAGAAACUGUAGUGAUGAAUCAUAGUGGGGCUGUUUUUUUUUCUUUCUUCCUGUUAUCAGCCAUCUAACAAAGCUUUAACCAAAGUGUUACUCUCUCUAGCUGCUGUGGCAGCAAGCGUGCGUCUGUGUGACUGGCUUUCUGACCGGCACUGUUCUGCAUGCUACUGACUACUUAACCUUACACACGCUAUGUUCAAAUAUUCCUCCCUCACCUUAUUUACAGUUAUUACUUUUCCCUUUUUUUUAAAAUUUUUGUAAAAAAUUUUUUACCCCUCAUGAUUUUUGUGUCAUGCUCUCUGGCGGGCUUGUGAGUGAUACUUGCAUCGAGGAGAAAAAUAAAAUAAAAUUAAAUACCGGUCUCGGGUCUGGGGAUCAGAUUGUUGAGCGACGCAUCACUUUUAGAUGAGCAUUUUGCGCAGAUUCUGACCAGGUCACCUGGCCCCGAUUUAGUUCUGAUAUCCAAAGUAGUGUGAGGCGCCUUUUGUUUUCUCCCCCCUCAACAACUACCAUCUGUCAAUCAGAGUAUUAGUAGGACCAUCCCCAUCUCCCCACAGAUCCCCAGUGUGUGUGAGCCCAGAUAGAGCUGUGCUACACCCAGUCAUUUAGCACUGUUAGCCAGCGCAAGACUCGAUGGAUCAAACGGCCAAGCCCUGCCAGUGUGACCAGAGCAAGGCCCUCCUGCAUGCCUUUUUCAUCUACGUUUCAUUUUUAUUUUUAUUUUUUCAUUUUAAUAAAAAACAAAAAAAAAUCAUGUUACUUUCAUUAAAUACCUCAGUGGCACUUCUAAGCAAAUAAGGUUCACUUUAAGCGAAACGAAACUACAUUGUUUUCGUUAAUAGACAGUAAUAGAACCGUCGAUUAUUUGUGUGACUUUUGCUGUGCAUUUUUAAGGAAACAAAAAA